AGGCAGCGGCCUCGGUCAUCCAAAGGCCCCAACUUGUUGCUGACACAAAGGUGAAAGUAUGUGGAAGUGAAACUGUGUUACGUGGAUUUCUGAGCGUCAAAUUGACGUAAAAUGCCGUUCUAGGACCAGCGAAAGCUAUCCAGGUUUUGUACGGACGUUGAAGAAGGAUGGAGCACCUGAGCACGCUGUGGAGUGCCGUGGACAAGCCCGACCUUGUGUGGUUAGGGGUGGGCACAGCCUGCACUUCCCUUUUUGCCUAUCUAUGGAGAAGGGGCAAGAAAACCAGGGACACCAUAAAGGAUGCCAUGUUCAUCGAUGCAAACAUCCGUGACGUGGUGGCCGGCACACCUAACCAGACCAUCCCCUACGCAGUGAUAGAAGGUGUAAUAGUGCCUGUGGGGAAACCUCUGCAGAGUCAGCUGGGUGUGGAGGGGGUGAUACAGGAGCUACUGAUGGAAGAACACAGGAGGGUCUGGAACAAAGUCUCCAGGAUAUGGUAUGACACAUCCAGGACUAUAAGGAGGGUAACCAAUCGUAUCCCCUUCUCCCUGGCUUGCAAAGGGGGGAAAGUGAGAGUCCUGGAGCCCACACAGGCAGCCAUGUUGUCUCUGGACGUCAUCUACGACAAGUUUGAACCUGAGGAUGCCACCAUGGGGAAGAGGGUAGUCGAUUGGAUGAGUGGCGAGGCUGUUAAAGGCUACCAGGAGACAGAGAAGAUGCUGAAGGUCGGCACACAGCUGUUUGGUUACGGUGAGCUGGCCCUUGAGGAAGGGCAGGUUGUGCUGAGGAACCCUAGCAACAACGCCACAUACUUCAUCACCAAUCUGGCACCUUCAGAACUGGCCAAGCAGUACCAGACCAAAGUGACCAUGCUGAAGGCCUUCACCAUCCUGUUUGGGGUGGGGACACUGAUCGCCCUGUGUGCCUUUGCAGCGAAGUGGUACAGGAGGUACAGAGAGAACCAGGAGUUCUUUGCACAGACGGAGCAGGUCAGAGCAGCGCGGAGACGGCAGGACGGCGAACCGCCGGAGGAUGUAGACGAGGAGCACGCCUGUGUUGUGUGUCAGACCAACGCGCGCGAGGUGAUCAUCCUGGACUGCGGACACAUCUGCUGCUGCGCCGACUGCGCAGACUUGCUGCAGCCCAGGAAGUGCCCCAUAUGCCGGCGUGUCAUUGCACGUAUUCUGCCCGUCUAUAAUCCUUAGAAAUACAUUUAUCAUCAGAAAUUUGAGUCUUUUACUGUACAACUUUUUUAUUAUAAAGAUCAAAGAUUCUAGUUUGUAAAAUUAAAAAUUUAAAGGCCUUGGAAAGUGACUUUAGUAUUGGAACAAACUUGAAAUGACCUGUAAGUAAUAUCAGGAAUUCUGCUGCUAGUGUCUUAGCUUUAACAUAGUCAUGAUAAUUGCCCUGUGUAAGGAAUUAGAGUCUAUGUAUAAUGUUCCACACUAGACAUGUGUACUGAAAUAUGGCACUUUAAAUCCUUUAUUGCUUACUACACUGUAUUUAAUAUAACCAGCCAUUUGCACAUCAUGUUCAGUAUAGUACUAUUCUUUGCCAAAAUAUGGUUGAUGAUACUUGAUUUGCUAAAAUAUGGUUAUUCAGCUAUGUAAUGAUAAAUGAAUUGAAAUUACAUGUACUAUUGCUAUAAUUCAUGUUUACAAGCAAACAUUAUGUUUAACUUGGUACAAUCAUGCAUGGUGUUGUUUUGGGGUUUCUCUAUACUUACAACAUAUCCCAUAAUGAAUACAUGAUGUAGAAAAUUAUUACACUGUCUGAAUUAAAGAAAUUAAUUCA